AUGGGGGCCUUCUUCGGCCUGGACAGCACCGAGAUGGUGCGCCUGGGGCGCGAGAGGCAGCGCGAUCCUGCCCAGCCCGAGUGGGUCGACAGCCUGACCGACGCGGAGCUGUCCCAGAUCGAGCAGGACAGGUUCUGCCGCGCGUACAUGGCACGGGUCGGCUACCGGCCCGGCCGGGGGGAGGGCGCAGAUGCGUCUGGCCUGCGCUCUCCCGCCGAGCUGCUGCGGGGGCUCGACGCGAGCGAGCACGGCCUGCUCGCCGAGCUGAUGUCCAUGGACCCCCGCGUGCACCGCGCACGUCCGCAGCCCCGCCCGAGGUAG